GAGCAGAACAUCUGGAUCCCCCAGGUUUUGUCAUUUGUCCUUCAGCUGUUACUGGAAAGGAGGGUGAGACAGUAACUUUCACAUGUCAGGUCAAGGGUCAACCUGCGCCUACAGUUUUGUGGGAGAGAGGAGGUGUUGCCAUAGCUACCAGUCAAAAGUACAAGAUAACAAAAAUUCAGGAACAACACACUUUGACCAUCUAUGAUGUGACCCAGGCAGAUGCUGGGGAAUACGUCUGUCGGUUACUUGGUUGUGGGAGUGAAUUAUCGCACACAUGUAGUUUAUCCAUUACUUCUGACUUGCAUCCAGGAUAUAUCCAGCCUGCAGAAACUGUGAAAACAAGAUCAUCCAUGGAUGACUCUGAAUCAGUUUUAUCCACAACUUCUAUCUCAUCGUCAUCUUCAGAUGCCUCUACAGUGACUGUUGACUCUGGGUAUCCCAGAUAUAGCUCAAGAAAGUAUUUAGACAAUGACAGAAUUGAGCAUCAGUAUAAGGAUUCACAUCCUGGGAAGACAACUUCUGCAACUGUGUCCCAUCCAGGAAAACUUGACAAGGAAGUCAAAAACACAGCAGACUUAUUCCAGAAAAAGAAGAGUUUUUUUGAACAGGUUAAUAAUAAAAAUAAUACUGCGGGUCAAUUUAAGUUGGGUGACGGUGACCGAAAUAUACAAAUUUUAGCCAGUAACCUAAAGCACACAACAGGAGUGAGAGAAACACGUGAAACUACAGUAGCAGCACCUGAAGGAAUAUCAGGGCUAGGAGCAGGCGAAGGACCACAAUUCACGUCUGAUAUUAUUGCUUCAAUUGGUCUUGAUCAGGCCAGUAGCCAGAGGAGACAAUUUGUGAAUGAAGUGACAAUAGUUCAGAAAAUCUUUAAGGAAGACGGUAAAAACACAGACCAAAUAACUGAGGUUCAAGACACUGAAGAUGUUGCCGAUCUGACCAAUGACUUUGGGACAACAAGAAAAUACUCUAAAAAGCGACGUAAGCAAAUACACAUAGAUGUAAACGGUACUGUUGUCAUAACUAGUCCGGAUGCUGAAAAUCCUACUUCCAGAUCUGCUGAAGGAGUCAAAACCCAUGAAACUGUUGAAAUGAUUAUAGCUGAAUCAAAUAUAACUUUCAAACCUGAAGAAGCAACAGAUAAAACAAAGACAAAUGUUGAUUCUGAAGGAACAAACCAUAAGUCAAAUUUAACUAGAAGAUGGAGAGUACGAGAAAAUCUAAAUGAAGAUAAGGACAGAAAACAAAAAACAAAACCUGAUAACAGUUCCCUAAUUACUCGCCCAGCUGAUCUUGAUCUAACUGCCAGAUGGAGGCAAAGAAAGCCAAACUUUAAAACUGACACUGAGGACAAGGAUGUUAAAAUUACCUCUGAAAUCCAGGAGGAGGUAAAUAAAUCAAUGGCAGCUCCUCCGAGAGGUACCUCUGUAACCUCUACCAGUGUUACACCAUCGGUAGACCCACAACAUCACCAGUGCCCGCCAAGUUUUCCAAUACCACUGCGAGAUACAAAAGUUAUCCUGGGGUCCACCGCUGUGCUUUUUUGUCAAGUAAUCGGAGAUCCUCAGCCUGAAGUGAAAUGGCUUUUAAAUUAUAACCAACUGGAGCCAUCAGAAAACAUCGAAAUCCUGUAUUCUCAAGAUUUAGCCCAGCUGACAGUCAGAGAAACAUUCACGGAGCAUGUUGGAGACUACAGCUGCUGGGCCAAGAAUUCGCUUGGCACUGUCUCUACACACUGUACCCUGACCUUGGAGGCUUCCAACAAAACUGAAAGUCGAGCAUUUGAAGGUCCUGUAUUCGUACCGCCAAAGAUUGUGUCGUUUGCUCCAAGUGCCUUGACUUUGGCCAGAGGUGCGUGUCUCAGUCUGACGGCGACUUUUUUGGGAGAGCCCAGACCUGCAGUGAGGUGGAUGCGGGGAGACACCGAGUUGAUAUCUGACGGCCAUGUGCAGAUUGUGACUGAAGCCAACACAAGCUGUCUGAGUAUAGAGUCUGUUACCAGAUCCGAUGCAGGAAAGAUGUCUGUCUGUCUGACCAGCUCCACUGGUGCAGACCAAGCUUCUACAAAUAUUUAUAUAGAAGAUGUACCCGGCUGUCCAGUGGGAAGACCUCAUGUUUAUGAAAUUGACAGAAACUCCGCCUCCCUUUCAUGGUGUGGCCCUGCCUACAGUGAAGGGUGUCAGGUGACACAUUACAUCAUUGAGUCAAAGACAAGACAAGAUCAGGGUUGGGAUGUCAUAGUUCCUCAUUGUAAGGAUCAAUCAUGCCACAUUCAAGAUCUCAAACCCUGCACCACAUACCAGUUUCGGGUCCUGGCCGCCAACAAAUAUGGCCUCAGUACUCCAUCAGAGCCUUCGGAAGGAGUCUACACUUCUGAUCCUUAUAGGUCACCUAGUGAUUACGAAUCAGAAGAUGAUCUGCCCUUUGAACCCAGAGAGGUAAAGAUAAACAUGGGUCAGCAGUUUGAGGAUGUGUAUGAACUGCACAAGGAAGUAGGCAAGGGCAAAUUUGGUAUUGUGUACAAGUGCAAGCACAGAACAGAUGAGACAAUCUGGGCAGCCAAGAUUGUCAAAUGCCGAGAGCAAGACAAGAAGGUCAUCAGACGAGAAAUUGAGAUCAUGAAUAAACUUCGGCACCCAAAACUGCUGAUGCUGUGGGAGGCUUAUGAAGCUCCGAAACAAAUGGUGUUGGUGACAGAAUAUGUGAGUGCAGGCGAACUGUUUGAACGAGUUAUUGGAGAAGAUUUUGUGCUAACCGAAUGUGACUGCAUCCACUUCCUGCGGGAGAUUUGUGAAGGGGUAAAUUAUAUGCACAGCAAUAACAUCCUUCACCUUGACCUCAAGCCAGAGAACAUCCUCUGUAUUGCUGAGAAUUCCAACAGAAUAAAAAUAAUCGACUUUGGAUUGGCACAGUUCUACCAUCCAGGACAGAGUACCAAAGUAUUGUUUGGGACACCAGAGUUUAUUGCUCCAGAAGUCAUCAACUACGAUGAGAUUGGGUUUGCAACAGAUAUGUGGAGUAUAGGCGUCAUUUGCUAUGUGUUAUUAUCUGGUCUGUCUCCUUUUCUGGGUGACAACGAUGCAGAGACACUGGCCAGUGUAACAAGUGGGGAGUAUGAUUUCGAUGACGAGGCAUUUGAUGAAAUCUCUGAUGAUGCCAAAGACUUUAUAUCCAGACUGCUGGUUAAGAGGAAAGAGCAUCGUCUUCUAACUGACCAGUGCCUGUCUCAUGUCUGGCUGGCGCAACAUGAAUCUGGAAGUGUACGUCGGCGGCGACUCAAUACGGAAAGACUCAAGCGGUUUAUGGUUCGACGGAAGUGGCUGAAAACUGGGAAUGCAGUUCUAGCAGUCAGCCGUCUACUAAAGUCCACUAACCUCGGCGCUCUUAGUUCACUCAGCAAUAACAGCGGUGGUAGCAACGAGUCAAGUGAUACAGAAUCUUCUGUUAGCUCCCCAAAGUUUACAAUACAGAGAAAUGCAGACACAGUUCAACAAAUUUUACAAAACCAAAGUGUACCAGAAAAAACUUUAAGGAACCAACAGAUUUCAAAGUUGUGGAGAAAUACAUCACCUGAUGCAGUAGAAAAUGUGAAAGCUGAUCAGUUGUCCGAUGUUGGUCUUGUGGAGUUAAGUAACAGUGACUUUACUGAUCAAAAUGAUAAUCAGAUUCACAACUCUCAGUCAGCUGCAUCUGGUAAUGAUGAUAAUCAUAAUAUUAAUUGCCCAAUGCCAGCUUGUACAGACUCUGUGAAUUCAGUGUCCUCCUUGGAUACAGCAUUAUGUUCAUCAUCUGCAACUGAAAUCAGAAAAGACACAACAACAGAAGUAGUAAAGGGUUCAACAGCUAACGAGGAACAAUUGCCUGCUGCUCCAAUCUUCGUGAAAUCCAUGAUAAACAGCAACGCCUGUAUAGGUGAUGUCGCCCGGUUUGAUGUUGUAAUUGCUGGUUAUCCACUUCCUGUUGUUACUUGGUGUUUUGAGGGCGAGGAGGUACAUUCAGACUCUCGACACGCUGUGGAGAUAAAUGAAACAACAAAGUCAUUUUCUCUUAUUAUCCGCAGUAUUGUGGAAGAGGAUGAGGGGGAAUAUACAUGCAAGGCUGUUAACUCUCAGGGCGAAGCUAUUUGUGUAGCAGAGUUGUCUGUUCUUGAUAUGUAA